AUGUGUGCUCUUCCUUCCGAUUCUACUAUUGUGACGCCGAACACAUUGGCCGUGUCUGAGAACGCAUAUGUGAGGCAUCCUCGACAGCGGGAAACAAUUACGCUAUUACAAAGGGCCUUAAGAGCCCUAAUUAAGGCCGCGCCUCGGUUCGCUCGCGAGACCCGAUCGGACACGAGACCCCCAUUAUCGCGCGCCGUAAACAUUUCUGGGUCCCAUAUCCGCGCCGCGGCCGCCACCCGCACCCUUCUUGUCGACUACCGGAAAAGACCAUCAUCGUUUCGAUGCUUUCUGACGCACACUCCGGACGCCUGCGUUCAUAUUGUGCGCCGU